UUUUGUUCGAGUUAAAAUGUCCAAUUCAGAGGCUGGUGUAGGAUGCAUUAGUGAGGUAACACUUGCGAUUAGCAAAGCAAGAAAAUCUCAGACAGGCACUGUGAGAGUUCUUGAUAGUCCCAACUCUGAUGGAUCUGGUCACUCGAAUACAUUUACUGUGCAACGAUUUAAUUAUACCAAUGAUAACAGUACCAACUCAGGUAUUCUUGAGUCACCCCUUACUAGCGAUGACUUGAGAAUACCUAUUGUUGGUUAUGAGAUCAUGGAGGAGAGAGCUAGAUUUACAGUCUACAAACUUAGAGUUGAAUUGAAAAAUGGUGAUUGUUGGUUUGUAUUUCGAAGGUACACAGACUUUGUUCGACUGUUAGCGCAAUUAAAAAGGCAAAAAGUUCCUAUUGCCCAUUUGGUUUUACCAAGAAAAAAAUGGCUUGGUGAUAAUUUUGCUCCAAGUUUUUUGGAAGAAAGAAUAUGUGGUCUUCAAACAUUUGUUAAUGGUAUAUUGAAUAGUCCACUUCUUAUUGGUGUUUCGUGUGUAAGGGAAUUCUUCUGUUUGGAUGAGCCUCCUGCUUUAUCUGAUACAGCGGAAGAAUCUAGAGCAAUUUUUGAAGCAUUAGAAGAUACAAUAUAUAAUUUGAGACAACAAUUACGAGAACGUGAUGCAGCCCUUGCAUCUGAAAAAGCUCUCUGUAAUGAAUUCCGAAAGAAGCUUCAUCAGAUAUUCAGUGAAAGACAAACCUGUUCAAAAUGUGGUGCAACUCAAUAAUAAUUUUAUAGACUGUACAAAUGUAAGAUCUGCUUGAGUUAAUUUAUAUAUAAAUUUUAAAUUUUAUUAAUGCUGUAUAUUUAAAAAAAAUACUAUAUAGCAUAAUAAUAUUUUUUAAGAACUUAUUUUACAAGUGGAAUAUUUAUGGAAAUGAUA